AUGAACCAUACGGUCUUGACGACAGCAUAUCCGGACUUCUCACUGCCCGACAAGACUCCGUUCUACUAUUCACCCAGCAGCGAGCUCAUUCCGGGCAUUCCUGAUCAUGCCACUUCUCUCGCGGCACCCAUUAUUGCGUACUGGGUGGUCUCUCUUGUCUUCCACGUCCUAGAUAUGUCCGAAUGGAAGUGGCUGGACAAGUAUCGCAUCCACGAGUCCUCCGAGGUCAAGUCUCGCAAUCUUGUGACCCGCUGGGAGGUCGUAAAGGCAGUUGUCUUCCAGCAUAUCAUCCAGACUCUCCUCGGGUAUUUCUGGAUGGAGCCCUCUGUGUCGGGCGCGGGUGUCGAUCAUCUCGGGAACAUGAGAGCACUGUCGGUCAAGGUUGCCUUCUGGGUGAAGGCAUUCAUGGGGCAGACAGCGGGCGGCCGCUUCUUGAUAGCGAACGGUGGUGAACUCACUUACUUUAUGUAUUGGUGGGGUAUCCCAAUCGCCAAGUUCCUAUUUGCCAUGUUCAUGAUUGAUACCUGGCAGUACUUCUGGCACCGGGCUAUGCACGUCAACAAGUGGAUGUACAAGCACUUCCAUUCCGUUCACCAUCGGCUAUACGUUCCCUACGCGUUUGGUGCACUAUAUAACCACCCCGUUGAGGGAUUUGUGCUAGAUUCGAUGGGCGCUGGUGUGGCAGAGGCAUUAGCAGGCCUGACUUUACGAGAAGCAGCGCUGCUUUUCGUCAUUUCGACAUUCAAGACCGUCGAUGAUCAUUGCGGGUAUAAGCUGCCCUUUGAUCCAUUGCAGUGGAUGACUUCCAAUAAUGCCGACUAUCACGAUAUCCACCACCAGGUGGUCGGAAUCAAGUCCAACUUUGCACAGCCGUUCUUUACACACUGGGACGUCAUCCUCGGUACUCGGAUGACUCGCAAAGACAUCGAACUACGUCGACAGAAAGCCCGCGGCAUGACUGACUAG